GAAAAGAUAUUGGAUCCUAAGGAGGUCCAAGUCCUCUGUAAGCUAGAAGAAAAAGACAACAGCGGUCAAGAAUUAAUAGUCGCUGCGAAGCAAAAUGACAACAUCCUUGUCACAUCAUUUCACCCAGAAUUAGCAGAAACCGAUAUACGUUUUCACGAUUGGUUUAUAAAGGAGUUUGUUCUAAAGAAUUUCAACAGAUACAAGUGA